UGCUCGUACAAUUUUUUAGUCGUACUGGUCACAUUGGUACCUUGAUCUUGUUUUAUCGUACGAUACUUUAUCGAGUGGUCUUGUGCUUACCAGUUUCAUACCGAGCCUCCUAUUUCUUGUACGUGUAUAUUUUAUCUUCCAUCUACUAAAGCUGUCUGUUAAAUAAUCGUAGCUUGAUUGCGGUCAUUUUGCUUAUUCUAAAAUGAGGUAACCACGUCAUGGAUGGAGAUCAAAUGCCAAAAGUGGAUUUAACAAAAGAUGCAAGAAAACUCACUAUCUCGGAUCGAGCUUACAUGAAACGCAUAGAGGAGAUAAAUACUGAACGUGUGCAGAGGCUAAUGAAAAUGCGCAGAAAUAAUGCUAUUACAGGAUCUUUACUUGGUCUCGGUGUACUUGGCAUUUAUUUCUAUACUAUAUAUGCAGUAAGACAAGAAUCGUUCUUGGAUGACUUCGAGGAACCUCAGAAAACGACAAAUUAACUUGUUGGAUGUAAUUGUUUUGUCAUAUGUAGAGUAAAACUGUUUUUUCAUUGAUACUUUACAUAAAGUUACUACCUUAGUGAA